GUCGCUCAGAUGCGCGUGCGCUUAGGCUCACUCCGUACGCACGGCUCGAUAUUAAUUAAAUAAUUUUAUCUAAUAAGUAGUCUAAGUGUAGUUAAUGGUUUAACGAACGGUAGUAAAAAAUGCCGAAAUUCAAGACAAUCCUGGUAACGGGCGGUGCGGGGUACAUUGGCAGCCACUGUGUAAUAGAUCUUGUAAACGAAGGCUACGAUGUCAUCGCUAUAGAUAACUUCGCGAAUGCUGUGGGGGAUGACGAAGGGUCUCCAGCGUUGCGGAAAGCAGAGGAAAUAACGGGAAAGAAGAUCACGUUUUACAAAGCAGAUUUACUGGACAAGCCGCAGAUAAAUGAAAUUUUUGAUAAGCAUGAGAUCGACUGUGUGAUCCACUUCGCGGCGUUGAAAGCAGUGGGAGAAUCUAUGCAGCAGCCUUUGCUUUAUUACCAGAACAAUCUACUUGGAAUGCUUAAUUUACUAGAGGUUAUGCGUUCUCACAGCUGCUAUCAAAUGGUAUUUUCCUCAUCAUGCACUGUGUAUGGAGAGCCGGAGACACUGCCAAUCACAGAGACGCAUCCAACUGGCAGCAUCACCAAUGUUUAUGGACGAACCAAGUACUUUAUUGAAGAGAUGCUCAAAGAUCUUAACACUGCUGAUAAAAACUGGAACAUAAUAUCUCUCCGCUACUUCAAUCCAGUGGGCGCGCACCCAUCAGGACUGAUCGGCGAGGAUCCAACCAAGGAGUUCACAAAUUUGAUGCCUUUCAUGGCACAGGUCGCUUUAGGCAAGAAGCCUGUACUUACUGUGUUUGGCAACGACUAUAACACACCAGAUGGGACUGGAAUCCGAGAUUAUAUUCACGUUAUGGACCUCGCCAGCGGACACGUGGCAGCUUUAAACCUUCUCAAUGAUAACCAUAUUGGGCUGAAGGUAUACAAUCUUGGUACCGGCAAAGGCGUUUCUGUAAAGGAGCUAGUGACAGUGUUUGAACGAGUAACCGGUACCAAGAUACCACUGAAAUAUGUCGAUAGACGACUGGGAGACAUUACGGCAAUGUGGGCUGACGCUUCGCUGGCUAAGGAAGAACUUGGAUGGUGCGCGCGUUAUAGCAUUGAGGAGAUGUGCACCGAUUUCUGGAGAUGGCAAACUAUGAAUCCUAAUGGCUACCCCAAGAAAAACGUCAAGAGCAGCGUCAUCAUGAAUGGGACGAGCUAAUGCUUUGUUUUACUUUACAAUAAUUACUAUAUUACAUUAACUAAAACGCGACUAAGUGACAAAUGGUCAAAUAACCGUUUUAAAUAGCAAAAAAUAGAUUACAAAAUUCUCUUUUAAAAACAGUUAAAAUAAGUUAACGCGUUCGACUAAUCGGAACUUACUAACGAUGCAUAG